AUGGCGAUGAUGAGGGUUUUAUUCCGGAUAUGGUAAUGGAAAGACAUAUCCGUUCGGGAACCAUCGCACCUGUGGAACCUUGAGGCCACCGCGAUGUUCCAGCGACGAACAAAGACGCAGCUGGUCUCCUCCACAUCCCAGGAACGUGUAUCGAAUCAAAAUUCAUCGGAGAACCUACCUUGUUAUUGGAGUAUAUCCUAACAGAGUUCUCCUGGAUUCAACUCUCAGCUCAUGUAAACCGAACUUCCUUCGCGAACUUCACUCGAAGUUGCAUGGUAGGCAAAAAUCUAUGAAUCAAUCGGUACAUUUGAUUCACCCAUGGGCAUUAGAGUUACGAUCAGGGACGUCGAAGAUGAAGAAGGAGUGAAGAAGGGAAGGAACGAAAUCCUAGGGAAAAACGCUAGAAUAGGAUGAAGCUGAACGAGACGAUGGAGCCAGAUGCGUCGAACGCGACCGAUUUGCCCGGAGAUCUACCGCAGAUCCUCGUCGAUACUGGCCAAUCGAAUCGUUCGAACGACGUCUAUGACCAGCAGAGAAGCCACGACCUCGAGUACGUCCUCCUGUUAACCCUGAAGGCUACGGUGAUGGCAUUCAUCAUCAUCUGCGCCCUAUUCGGCAAUUUGCUGGUGAUAGUGUCGGUGAUGAGGCACCGCAAGCUUCGGGUAAUUACCAAUUAUUUUGUGGUCUCGCUGGCGUUGGCCGACAUGCUGGUCGCCAUUUUCGCAAUGACGUUCAACGCCUCGGUGGAACUGUCCGGAAGGUGGCUGUUCGGAUACUUCAUGUGCGACGUGUGGAACUCGUUGGACGUUUUCUUCAGCACCGUGUCUAUACUUCAUCUUUGCUGCAUCAGCGUGGAUCGGUAUUACGCGAUCGUGCAACCGCUCGACUAUCCUCUGAUCAUGACUAAUUUACGGCUGAGCACCAUGCUGAGCGUCGUGUGGUGCUCUCCGACGGUGAUGAGCUUCCUGCCCAUAUUCGCAGGCUGGUACACCACAGAAAAGCAUCUUGAGUACCGCAGGAAUUAUCCGGACGUGUGUGUGUUCCAAGUGAACAAACUGUACGCCGUCAUCAGCUCCAGUGUCAGCUUCUGGGUACCCGGCAUCAUCAUGAUUGCCAUGUACUACAAGAUCUACAGGGAGGCUGAUCGUCAGGAACGCAUGCUGUAUCGGAGCAAAGUGGCGGCUGCGCUUUUGAACAAGCAUCUGCAGAUCAAUGGCAUAUCCGCAGGUCUGACCACACUUCCGACGGUGGAUCAAUCAUCGCCAGAUCCACAACCAGAAGAUCCACCGAUCACUAGCAGCAGUAAAAUGAGGAGAGAACGAAAGGCUGCUAGGACGCUUGGAAUAAUCAUGUCAGCGUUUCUGGCUUGUUGGCUCCCCUUCUUUCUUUGGUACAUCAUCACAUCACUAUGCGACACCUGCGAGAGCAGCGACGCAGUUGUCGCGGUGGUGUUCUGGGUGGGAUACUUCAACAGCGCCCUCAACCCAUUGAUCUACGCCUAUUUUAACCGGGACUUCCGUGCAGCCUUCAGGAAGACCCUAGAGAGCUGUUGCGUGGCUAUCGGGCCGGUUCGGGAUCUUCGACAGGUGCACAGGAAGCAGGAUCUGGUGCACAGCAACGCGUCCUCGGAACUGCACGUGAACAAUCAGCUGAGAACCAGCGAGAUGACUAACGUACACAUCGAGGCCUGCAUCUGAAUCCUCCAAAAGAUAUCCCGAAACUUCCUUGAUCAAAUAUAUUAUACGGGUGUAUUUAUAUUUGACACUUUGAUGGCCAACUCUUUUCACGAAAAUUUAUCGACUGAGUUGAUACGGGCGUGGAAUGUGUAUGUAGAGUUUUACCACACACGGAAUCGCGUACUAGAGAAUUUCAAAGAUAUUUUGGUAUAUUUUAGGUACUGGUUAUUUACUGAGAGGUAUUCUUGAUUUUCAAAUCCCGAAAUUUCUA